AUGGAAUCCACACUUCAAGGCAACAGGAUACAUGUAGCCUUAGACAUCAGUAGAAAUACUCUGGGUACUUCCCUGAGGGAGCUUACUAUGCACAUACUUAACUCGGAUGAACAUGACUUUGAAAUUCUAAAAGGGCAGAAACCAAAUACUCUUACGCAACCCAAGACGAACAGCUCACCAACAGAUGGCACAGGAUAUCCCGGAGCCCUGGCUAACUUUGCAUUUUUCAAAGCCCCAACAAGGCAACAUACAUCAUCACCUUGCAUUGUUCAUCAUUAG